UGGAAUCGUGGCAGUUCCAAAUAAAAAAUGACCAAACGACUUUUAGAAAUGACAGAACAUUCAAAGAAGAAAGAGAAAACGGAAGCGGUCGUGUAUGUCGUCACUUCCGAUAGCAAUAGCAUACAGCUCCUACUGUGUGACGAUGGAACGAAUGUUGGAGCCACGUUUUUGACUGUGAAGUGCAAUUAGUCUGCGAUCGCCGCUCAUUAUUGUAAUGACAACUGACCUGUGAUCUAUUUAUUACAAGCUUCGCUGUGUAGGGAGCGCAAACCUCAACUUUCCAGUAAGUUGCAGCCGUGACCCGCCAAAAAAGGCAGCGAGGUGCGUGAACCAUUUUGUCAGCCGCUAUCGUCCGGUGAGCGACAAUGAGUGGCGGCUUCAACUUCGGACAGCCUUCCACCGCCAAGACCACAGCUCCAGCAGCACCCGCCACGGGAGUCGGCCCGACCACAACGUCCACUCCCGCAGUCGCCGGAACCAGUGGCGGUGGCGGCGGCUUCUCCUUCGGCUCGUCCACUCAACCCGCCGCUAGUAGUGCACCGAGCGGCGGCGGCCUCGCAUUUGGAACCCCCACCGCCACUACCAAUCAAUCAACCCCGGCUGCAGGUAUCUUCUCACCGGCGGUGUCGUCGUCUGGCUUCGGUCUGACCUCGGGUGCGCCUGCAGGGGGAGUCUUCUCCUUUGGGACCCCAGUGCCAACCCAACCGGGAGCAGCAGCGGCGGCUGCGCCUGCAGGGGGAGUCUUCUCCUUUGGGACCCCAGUGCCAACCCAACCGGGAGCAGCAGCGGCGGCUGCGCCUGCAGGGGGAGUCUUCUCCUUUGGGACCCCAGUGCCAACCCAACCGGGAGCAGCAGCGGCGGCUGCGCCUGCAGGGGGAGUCUUCUCCUUUGGGACCCCAGUGCCAACCCAACCGGGAGCAGCAGCGGCGGCUGCGCCUGCAGGGGGAGUCUUCUCCUUUGGGACCCCAGUGCCAACCCAACCCGCAGCAGCAGUGGCACCCACGACAAAUGUAUCUGCAGGUCACCCAUCCGGAGCGUUCAGCUUUGGUGGAAGCAAGGUCCAAGUCACCACAGUGACAGCCACAACAAGCGCACCAGGGAGUAGCUUCGCUUUUGGGUCAAGUGCUGCUCCUAACCUCACACUGGGUCCCCAAACCAUCUCCACCACUAUAGCCUCAGCUCCACAGGCUGGAGGUUUCACCCUGGGGAUUAAACCCUCACCAACCCCGGCUCCCCCUGCAGCGACCCCAGUGGCUCCAUUUCUGUUCUCGACCCCAGCAUCAACAGCUGCAGCCCCCGCAAUCGGGUCUGGUUCUAGUUUCGGCACCACUCCGACUCCUGCGGCGGCACCGACUGCAACGACCACUGCCGCCGUGUCGGCCCCCACCGCCCUGGCUGCAACCACCACAUCAAGCUUCUCGCUAGGACCUGUCAUCACCACGACCGCAGCUACAGUGGCCACCACCCUCCCGACGACCACUGCCCCUGCUGUGAUGACCUAUGACCAACUGGAGGGCCUCUUGAAUAAGUGGAGCCUGGAGCUGGAAGAUCAAGAGAGACACUUCAUCCAGCAGGCCACUCAAGUCAACGCAUGGGACCGCAUGCUGGUGGCGAAUGCUGAGAAGAUCACGUCCCUGCACAAGGAAAUGGAGAAGGUGAAGCUGGACCAGAAAAGGCUCAACCAGGAGGUGGACUUCAUCCUGUCCCAGCAGAAGGAGCUGGAGGAUCUGCUGUGCCCGUUGGAGGAAUCUGUCAAAGAGCCGAGCGGCACCAUCUACAUGCAAAAUGCAGACGAGGAGCGUGAGAGGACGUACAAGUUCGCGGAGAACGUGGAUGCGCAGCUCAAGAGGAUGUCACAAGACCUGAAGGAGAUCAUCGAGCAUCUCAAUACGUCCAGCGGUCCUGCCGACACCAGCGACCCGCUUCAACAGAUUUGCAAAAUCCUCAACGCCCACAUGGAUUCCCUGCAGUGGAUCGACCAAAAUUCCAUUCUCCUGCAGAGACGAGUGGAGGAGGUGUCCAAACUGUGUGACAACCAACGCAAAGAGCAGGAGAAGCCCUUCCGGUUAACCUUUUACUGAGCACACACACACUUUUUAGUGUUUGACAAAAUAUUUUUGUCUUUGUAGGCAGUCAUCAUUAUUGCUCUUUACGUUUUUGUCAGCUGUCAACCAGGAUGCAAUAUUUUCAACAUUUUUUUAUACAACAGAAAAUUUGUUCCAAGUUAAUGUCCAAAAUAUUGAAUACAUGUUUUAGAUAUUUUUGGAUGAAUUAAAUAAAAUACCAAAAGAUUCAAUCACAAGAGAA